UUGUUCUCUUUGUUCUUUGGUUCUCUGUCCCGUACGUAGCCAACCAAAAGGAAUUAUUAAACAAAACAAUUAACAUUAUGUCUUCUUCUUCUUCUUUCUCUUCCCCUCUCCGCCAUUAUUGUUGUUCUUCCUCGCCUCGUAGCCCUCUUCCAAAGCUUUACCUCAUCAAUGGUGAUCAGCAGGGCUUCACCCCUCGUCUGCAGCAGCAUUGUAAGGCUAUAAGGAAACCUCGUACACAAGAGGUCGUAGUGUUGCAAAAUGGUUUGACUGCCGGUGGCGGCGGCCGCGGCCGGCUCGAGGUGGACGAGCUGCCGCGGCUGCAGGAGGAAGAUCAUGGAAGCUUUCUUGAAAAUCAUACUCAUCAUCAUGAGGCAGCAAUGAAGGAGAUAAAGGGGAGGGUGGAAGUUGUGCGGUCGAAGCUGAGAACGAUGGGGGACGGAGAGAUCACGGUGUCAGCUUACGACACCGCUUGGGUGGCGCUGGUGAAGGACGACGUGGUAGCGGGCGGGAGAGGCGACAGACCGCAGUUCCCCUCGGCACUGGAGUGGAUCGCCGGAAACCAACUCGCCGACGGGUCGUGGGGCGACGGGGACAUCUUCCUGGCUCACGACCGCGUGCUCAACACCUUGGCCUGUGUCAUCGCCUUGAAAUCUUGGAACGUCUGUCCCCUUCAUGUCCAGAAAGGAAUGAUGUUCUUGAGAGAGAAUAUGAGAAAGGUGGAGGAAGAAGAUGGGGAGCACAUGCCAAUAGGGUUCGAAGUGGCGUUUCCAUCCCUCAUGGCCAUGGCUAAAAAGCUCGGCAUUCACCUCCCCCAUCAUGACCAUGACCAUGAUCAUCAUCAUGAUUCUCGUCCCCUCUUCCAGAACAUCUAUGCCCACAGAAAGCUCAAGCUCACCAAGAUACCAAAGGAGGUGAUGCAUCAAGUGCCGACAACGUUGCUCCACAGCUUGGAAGGAAUGGAAGGAGUAGUCGAAAUUGAUUUGGAUUGGGAAAAGCUCCUCCCCCUCCAGUGCCAUGAUGGCUCUUUCCUCUUCUCUCCCGCUUCUACCGCUUUUGCCCUCAUCCACACCAAAGACCCCAACUGCCUCCGUUAUCUCUCUAACGCCGUCCGCCAAUUCCACGGUGGAGUUCCUAAUGUGUACCCGGUGGACUUAUUUGAGCGAAUAUGGGUCGUUGACCGACUCCAAAGGCUUGGAAUCUCUCGUUUUUUCAAACCCGAAAUUGCAGAUUGUAUUGCCUACGUCCAGAGAUACUGGAGUGAUGAGCGGGGUAUAUGUUGGGCAAGAAAUACAAGAGUUGAAGACAUUGACGACACUGCCAUGGCCUUCCGGCUUUUAAGGUUGCAUGGCUACCCUGUCUCUCCAGAGGUUUUCAAGAACUUCAAAAAGGGGAGAGAGUUCGUGUGCUUUGCGGGGCAGACGAACCAGGCGGUGACCGGAAUGUACAACCUCUACCGGGCUUCUCAGGUAAGGUUUCCCGGCGAGGAGAUACUGGAGGACGCCAUGGAAUUUUCCUCCCUUUUCCUCCAACAUAAACGGGCCUCCAAUCAGCUCUUGGAUAAAUGGAUCAUUACCAAAGAUCUACCCGGCGAGGUGGGAUAUGCACUAGACUUGCCAUGGUACGCAAGCCUGCCUCGCCUUGAAACAAGGUUCUUCCUCGAGCAGUACGGCGGGGAAGAAGAUGUUUGGAUUGGCAAGACUUUAUAUAGGAUGCCAUUAGUGAGCAACAACUUGUACCUGGAGCUUGGAAAACUAGAUUACAACAAUUGCCAGGCAGUACACCAGCAGGAAUGGAAAAGCAUCCAAAAAUGGAGCGAAGACUGCAAGCUCGGGGUGAGCAAAAGAAGCCUGUUGCUUGGGUUCUACUUGGCCAUGGCCAGCAUCUUUGAGCCGGAGAGGUCAAAAGAGAGGCUAGCCUGGGCCAAAACUGCCGCGCUCGCGGCGGCCAUCAGGGCAGAGUUUUGUUUGGACCACCACCACCACCACAAAAGGGCUUUCACUCGAGAAUUCACAAAUGCCACCUCCCGUGCAAGCAGCAGGCACACAACAAGAGAGCAAACCCUUGUCGGGGCGCUGAACGAAACCUUAAACCAGCUGUCUCGUGACGCGCUGUUGACUCACGGCAGAGAUGUCCGUCCCUACCUGCGCAGAGCGUGGGAGAAGUGGCUGCUUGCCUGGGAAAAGGACGACGGAGAAGGAGAAGCAGAACUCGUAGUGCGCACGUUGAACGCGUUCAACGGGCAGGGGACGUUGGAGGAAUUGUGGUUCUCGCAUCCCCGGUACCAACAAUUGAUGGAGAUCACCAAUAGAGUUUGCCACGGCCUCAGUCUCUAUCGCCACGCCCAGAGCUAUGAGAGGGAAGCAGAUGAAAGGCCACAAGAAAGGAUGACGAAAGCCGAGGUGGAACGCGAAAUGCAAAGCCUGGUGAAGAUUGUGCUGACAGAUGAUGAUGAUGAAGAAGAAGAAGAAGAAGAAGAAGAAGAUCUCAUCAGCCCAGAAGUGAAGCAAACAUUCCUCACUGUAACAAAAGCCUUUUACUAUGCUGCCUUCUGUAACCCAGGAACCAUUGAUUCCCACAUAGCCAAAGUGCUCUUUCAGAGAGUACUUUGAUUUGAUUCCCAUUUCCCACAACGCCCCCAGCUUUUGGACUGCAUGCAUGUUACAACUCACAAGAAAUAAUUUUGAGUUGAUUUG